CUCUUCACUUGUUCACUUGAUCACUUGUUCACUCGGUCAAAGUGAGCAGACGGGCUCUAUUGCAUCAUCAUCAUCAUCAUCAUCAUCAUCAUCCUCUUCAUAUUCAUCAUGUCCUUGACUGCAGCUUCCAGACUUCAUGAAUCCAACCUUAAUUUGACCAACAGAAGCCAGAAGAACAACUGGGUUUCUUUCCAGACCAAGUGCCCGCCUCUGCCCUCGCCCACCCUGGGCACACACGUGGUCCUGACAGGCAACGGCAGUCAUGUUGGCUCCAUGGUGUCGCUGCUGUGUCCGAGCAAACACAAGCGAGUGGGCGUGGAGCUGACGUGUGUCAUGGCCGCCAACAAAGCUCGCUGGGUGGGUGAACUCCACUGCACACCGUUGUCUGUCUUUGAAGGCAAUGGCUUCCGUGUGGCUGCUCUGGCGUCCAUCGUGAGCAUUGGCGUAAUAUUCAUCAUGUCCAUGCUCUUCAUCACCUGCUGUAUUCUGGACUGCAUUCAAAAAGACGCCAGGAGAAGGCAGCAGAGGCAAGUUGGAUUUGAAAAGGUCGGGAGAAAAUACGAGUGGCUGAGUCUUGUCUCGCGUGUAGGAGGUGUGAGAAGGAAGCGGACGGCCUCGAAGGCCUGGAGAAGUACGCGUCAUGGUGGGACAUCCACGUCCCAGACCACGUGUGUGACAACAGUCCUCCCAGACGGUGCACCUACAGCCAUGGCCGCACGAGUACUCUCCCCGGCUUCAGCUGGGAUCAACGUCUCAUCGCCACAUCGGAUAGCGAUCGGAUCUCAGGACCGCCUCCUUACGGUUACGUGUGCACACGCUCGGAUCAUGUACCGCUCCCUACUCGAGAACCUGGUCUCCCAUGGCAGCAUCACAGCUGUGAAUUGUGAGAGUGCACAACAACAACAACACUGUGCACUAACGCUGCCGGUCAAGAAUAUUCUGGAACUUCAAUCCCUUCCACAGCUCGGGUGUCCAAACUUCCUCCAGCAAUGGCAGCUUGCAGAUUAAAGACAAGAUAUUUAAUGUUCGAACUGAGAAACUUAUUUUUUUUUGCAAAUAAUCAUGAACUUAAAAAUAAGCAGGGGCGUCCAUGAUAUAACGUUGCUUGAAUGGCAACAUAUGUUGCUCCAAAACCUGUAUGUACCUUUCAGCAUUAUUGGUCCCUUUACAGAUGUGUAAGUUACCCAUGCAUUGGGCACUAAUACACCCCCAUACCAUCACAGAUGCUGGCUUUCUAACUUUGCGCCUAGAACAAUCCGGAUGGUUCUUUUCCUCUUUGUUCCAGAGGACACAACGUCCAGUUUCCAAAAAACAAUUCUAUAUGUGGACUCGUCAGGCCACAGAACACUUUUCCACUUUGCAUCAGUCCAUCUUAGAUGAGCUCGGGCCCAGCGAAGCCGGCUGCGUUUCUGGGUGUUGUUGAUAAAUGGCUUUCGCUUUGCAUAGUAGAGUUUUAACUUGCACUUACAGAUGUAGCGACGAAUUGUAGUUACUGACAGUGGUUUUCUGAAGUGUUCCUGAGCCCAUAUGGUGAUAUCCUUUACACACCGAUGUCGCUUUUUGAUGCAGGGAUCGAAAGUCAAGGGCAUUCAACGUAGGUUUUCGGUCUUGCCGAUUACGUGCAGUGAUUUCUCCAGAUUCUCUGAACCUUUUGAUGAUAUUACGGACCGUAGAUGAUGAAAUCCCUAAAUUCCUUGCAAUGGCUGGUUGAGAAAUUUUGUUCUUAAACUGUUGGACAAUUUGCCCACGCAUUAUGUUCACAAAGUGUUGACCCUCGCCCCGUCCUUGUUUGUGAAUGACUGAGCAUUUCAUGGCAGCUGCUUUUAUACCCAAUCAUGGCAGCCACCUGUUCCCAAUUAGCCUGUUCACCUGUGGGAUGUUCCAAAUGAGUGUUUGAUGAGCAUUCCUCAACUUUCUCAGUCUUUUUUGCCACCUGUGCCAGCUUUUUUGAAACAUGUUGCAGGCAUCAAAUUCCAAAUGAGCUAAUAUUUGCAAAAAAUAACAGCGUUCAAAUCCAGUUAGACAGGACAUCUUGGUUGUUUUUAUUUCUUGGUUGUUUUUAUUUCUCAUUUUACCCUUUUUGUAUUCAUUAAAUUUUAGUAUUUUAGGUGAUAUAUUCUGCACUUUCUUAAGGUAUAUUUUACUACUGUAUUUUAUUAAUCAUUCCGUUUUUCAGUGUAAAUGUGACACUGUGUGCCCCUUUUCUUAUGUCCGUACAGCACUUUGGCCAACUGGGGUUGUUUUUAAUUGUGCUAUGUAAAUAAAUAAACUGAACCAAUACUGUAAUUUACCAACUAAAAAAAAUAAAUA